CAAGCAUGGGAAUGGCAGAAAGCAAAGUGCAUCCCAGCUAAUCGCAAGCCGCAGUUGUACUUGCCGUUGUUCAAGACCUUUUGGCGCGACAUUGUCAAGGCGGGCAUCAUCGGCCUAAUGGAGAGUGGUGUGCGUAUAGGGUCGGCGGUGUUUACGGGAUUGCUCACAACAUACUUUGACGAAGACACGGACACCACCAUGGCACAG